AUGCAUCUGGAGCGAGGAAUGCCCGUGCUCCUGGCCGGCUUGUUGCUGUUGGCGAUUGUGAGCCCUGCGUUGGCACGCCGUGGGGGUGGUUUCGGGCGUUCUGGGGGGGGCAUGAGGUCUGGCGGGGGCUGGGGGGGCGGCGGCGGCGGCUUUGGGAGCAGACCUCAGAGCUCAGGCUCCAGCGUGGGAAAGAUGGCUGGAGCGGCUGCCGCAGGAGCAGUAGGGGGCGCUGUGCUCGGCUCCGUGCUCAGGCCUGGUUACUCUGGAUACGGAGGCGGCUACGGAGGUGGCUACGGAGGCGGCUACAGAGGCAGCUACGGAGGCGGCUACGGCAGCAAUGGAGGUGGGGGUUACCGGCCGUCGAGCACCGGGGGAUACGUGGACGGAGUGUUCCGGAACGAGACGGAUAUGGAAUACUACACGAGCAGCGUAGACUCCAGAGUGUCCCAGAGCUGCACCAUGCUGCUGGGGUCAGCGAUGUCCUUCCUGCUCGCACACUGGGCACUGUGA